GCAGGAAGGAGGAGCGGGACCGCGGCGUGUGCCCGGCCAUGGGCGACUAGAUGGGCGCGCGCUCUGCCCUCGAUCCCCAGGGGACCGCGACCCUCCCGGACCCCAGAGCGUCGACAAAGUGAACAGAAUAUCUGAGUCAUUACAUCAGACAAUUAGGAAGUUGGACUGUAAUAAUUCACCAUGGCUUAUGGCUUGACAAGAAAGAACGCAGUGGAAACCAUUUUGAGGUGCAAUUGUUAUAAAGUACAGGAACCGUGGGAACUUGCAUUAUUCACAGAGACCUGGUACACAAACCUAGCCAACAUCAAGUUGCCUUUCUUGGAAGAAAUUGCAUUUGGUAGUUCUAUACACCUCAAAAAAUGUAAAACCAUUAAGGAUGGUGUGCUCCCUUCAGCAGAAUCCAUCCAACUUGAAAGGGAGUAUGAAAUGAAGCGCUUGAAUAACCUGAAAUGUGAGGAAAAUGUAGCCGAGGAAAUUCAGUUUUCCCUAAGGGAAAGGCCAGUUGGUUUGAGAAGACCUCUCCCACCUAAGUGACAGUCAUCUCACAGUUGAAUCUGUACUCUGUGCUUUCUGCAUCCAAAGAGGAUGAAGGACUCUGACCUACCACUGUGUGAAGUUUGGUGCAGUCAUCUGAAUGCCCCCUGGUGGAUGAGCCAGCUCCCGUGGGUUAGUUGACAGCUCUGAACAGAUCUUCUGGGUCCCAGUCACGUAUUUGUACCUUUGUAUCACAAGCAACAGUACUGUAAGUAAAUGAAAAUGUAGCUGGCAUCGAGUCAUUUGUGCUAUUCAUUUUGAUUUUUGUAAAGUUGCACUAAGGAAAGAAGAAACUCCUUGUCAGAGGCGUCCCCCCACCAAGAGGCAUUAUUUUGAAGAAUAUUUUGAAUUUUCAUCUUUGAGACUCCAAGGAGGUACCAAGGAAGGAGAGAGGGAAAUUAUUUAUAAAAUGAUUAACUUUGAAAAAUUUUGUUUGAGAAAAAUUGUAGGUUUCAUUUUAGUAACUCUCUAGUUUCCAGUUUUCAAUGAAACAUCAUUUACUAUUCUCAUCUGGUACUUUAUUUUUUAAAAACAUCUUUAUUGGAGUAUAAUUGCUUUACAAUGUUGUGUUAGUUUCUGCUGUACAACAAAGUCAAUCAGCUAUAUGUAUACAUAUAUCCCUAUAUCCCCUCCCUCUUGAGCCUCCCUCCCACCCUCCCUAUCCCACCCCUCUAGGUGGUCACAAAGCACUGAGCUGAUCUCCCUGUGUUAUGCAGCAGCUUCCCACUAGCUGUGUAUAUAUGUCAAUGCUACUCUCUCAUUAUGUCCUAGCCUCCCCUCCGCCCUCUGUGUCCUCAAGUCUGUUUUCAACUCAUGUGAUACUUUAAAGUGGCAAGUAGAACUUACUUCAUUUUUGUUCUUCUAAAAAACCGUCUUUUUUCCUUUUGCCUAAUUUCAUAUCGUCUUUCUGGGAUACCCUCUGGAGCAUGUGGAACACACAUACAUGUGUGAAAAUGAUAUGAAAAUACAAAGACAGCAUCUGUGAGGAAAACUCUUAUUUGUACAGAGUGGUUGGAGAAUGGGGAAUUAACUGGAAAGAACUGGAUUUGCAUGAACAAAUUUUCCUAGAAUUCGAAUCCAGUAAAGCACACUUGGAUGUGAAAGUUAUAUUUAAGCACAAUUUAGUGUUAGAUGAUCCAGUAGGCAUUUUAUGAUCUUCUGGUAUUUUAGCCUCAUUAUGAAAGGCAUUAUGGCAUAGUAUUUAAGAGUACAUACUUUAGACCUGGCUGCCUUCUUCAGAUCCCAGCUUGGCUGCUGCUAGUGGUGUGACCUGGGGUGAGUUACCUUAUAUCCUGAGCUUCAGUUAUCUUACAUCAUAUAAGAUAAGGGUAAUACUGGUACUACUUCAUAGAAUUGUCAUGAUUAAAUGAAAACUGCCUGGUACACAGUGAGAAUUACUCCAGUGUUAGCUAUUAGUGUGAUCAACAUUUCCUUUGUACUGCUGUAAUCUUAGUAUCGAAGAUGUAUGACAUUGGGCUGACUCUGUUGACCUUUGUGGAGACCAGAAAUCUUGAAUUUUCAAAAAUUUGGUUUUAUGCUUGUCAAUGUAUAUGUACUUGCCAGACCGUAUGACCUGAUUUUUUAAAAUUUAAUUUUUAUUUUAUAUUGGAGUAUAGUUGAUUUACAAUGUUGUGUUAGUUUCAGGUGUACAGCAAAGUGAUUCAGUUAUACAUCUACAUAGAUCCAUUUUUUUUCGGAUUCUUUUCCCAUGUAGGUUAUUACAGAGUACUGAAUAGAGUUCCCUGUGCUAUACAGUAGGUUCUUAUUAGUUAUAUAUUUUAUAUAUAGUAGUGUAUAUAUGUCAAUCCCAAACUCCCAAUUUAUCUCUCCCUCCCUUCCCCCUUGGUAACCAUAAGUUUGUUUCUACAUCUGUGACUCCAUUUCUGUUUUGUAAAUAGGUUCAUUUGUACCAUUUUUUUAGAUUCCACAUAUAAGCAACAUCAUAUGAUAAUUGUCUUUCUCUGUCUGACUUCACUUAGUGUGAUAAUCUCUAGGUCCAUCCAUGUUGUUGCAAGUGGCAUUAUUUCAUUCCAGCCUGACAUUUUAGUUCAAAAUCUGGCCACUGUACCUAUGGCAUAUCCUGAUUUUUCUGUUUAUAAACGACAAUCUAUGAUAAUCAGCUUGUCACUUAUGAUAAUCAGCUUGUCUUUCUCUUAAAAGAAGCAUGGAAAAUUUGUGUGAAAAAAGCCACUGUGUAACUCAGAAACAUAUGUAUUGGUUUAUGUCUGCUCUUAGGAGCCACCAGGGGACCUUAAGCAUCUUACUUCUCACCUCAGAGCCUUACACCCCUAGUUAGAAACAUUAAUUGGGGGUAUGAGUUACAUGCUUCCAUCCUUCUUCAGAGCCAUUGUGAAAAUGGAUAAAAUAGGUAUCUGUUUGCAAAAAGCUUUCCGGAAUUAAACAUUUUAAUAUUCCUUAGGAAAAGGUGGGAUUUGAGAAAACUUUAGCUUCCCAUCAUUCUCUUGGGAGAAAAAUCUCUGCUUGCAGCUUUAAGAUUCCUCUAAUUGUGUUUUUAGGUAUAUAUUUCUGAGCCUGCUUUAAACUGUACAUAUUUAAGUAAAAUUACAUCACAAAAUAUAUGUAAUAUGUGUAUGUACAUCUCUCUCUUGAAAUGACAUAAGAAGAGGAACAGUUUCUUACUUAUGUUUGUACUCUGGUGCCUUAUCUUGAUGCCUAACUCAUGUAGCCCCUUAAUAAACAUUUAUUGAUCGUUGA